AUGCUGCAGCAGUGCAUCCUGAGGACGUGCCAUGUGCUUGCACUGGUGCUGUGUGUUUCAGCCAGUGAGGACUUUGACUGGACAAAGAAUGAGAAAACAUCCUUCUACUACGGCACCUUCCCAACUGGUUUCUCCUGGGGAGCUGGCAGCUCUGCCUAUCAGACUGAAGGGGCUUGGAACAUAGACGGCAAAGGAAUGAGCAUCUGGGAUACGUUCGCCCACAAAAAAGGGAAAAUAUUCUCAAAUGAUACGGGAGACUCCUCGUGUGAGGGAUACUACAAAUUCAAGGAUGACAUCACCUUGAUGAAAGACAUGAAGCUGAAUCAUUAUCGUUUCUCCAUCUCCUGGCCAAGGAUUUUACCAAGUGGACUGAAAAGUGAACACAUCAAUGAGAAAGGAAUCAAAUAUUACAACGACCUGAUUAACAUCCUGCUGGAAAAUAAGAUCACACCUGUUGUUACUCUGUAUCACUGGGAUUUACCUCAGGUGUUACAGGAGAAAUACGGCGGCUGGCAGAACAUCAGCAUGGUGAACUACUUCAACGACUUUGCCAACUUGUGCUUUGAAAGAUUUGGGAACAGAGUGAGGUACUGGAUCACAUUCAACAACCCCUGGUCGAUUGCUGUGGAGGGAUAUGAAACAGGGGAACAUGCGCCCGGGCUGAAGCUGAAGGGAACAGGAGCUUACAAAGCUGCUCACCAUAUCAUCAAAGCACAUGCUAAGGUUUGGCACACGUACGACAUGCAGUGGCGAAGCAAACAAAAAGGCCUAGUUGGGAUCUCGCUAACAGCUGACUGGGGUGAACCGGUGGACAUCACCAACCAGAGGGACAUUGAAGCAGCAGAGAGAUACAUCCAGUUCUACAUGGGCUGGUUUGCUACUCCCAUCUUCAACGGAGACUAUCCCCAGGUUAUGAAAGACUACAUCGGCAGGAAGAGUGGCCAGCAGGGCCUGGGAGCUUCACGGCUGCCCGUCUUCUCGCCUCAGGAAAAGAGCUACAUCAAGGGAACCUGCGACUUCCUGGGCCUCGGCCAUUUCACUACUCGCUACAUCACCCAGAAGAAUUACCCAUCAGGCCUCGGAGAUAGCUACUUCGCAGAUCGUGACCUCGCUGAGCUGGUUGACCCGCAGUGGCCUGAUCCUGGCUCUGAAUGGCUCUAUUCUGUUCCCUGGGGCUUCCGACGCUUGUUGAACUUUGUCAAGACUCAGUAUGGAAACCCCAUGAUCUACGUGACAGAAAACGGCGUGUCAGAGAAAAUGCUCUGCACCGACCUCUGUGAUGACUGGAGAAUGCAGUACUUCAAAGACUACAUCAACGAAAUGCUCAAAGCAAUCAAGGACGGGGUAAACGUGAAGGGCUACACAGCCUGGUCUCUCCUCGACAACUUUGAGUGGGAUGAAGGAUACUCUGAGAGGUUCGGCCUCUACUAUGUGGACUUCAGGAACAAGAACAAACCACGCUACCCGAAGGCCUCAGUCCAGUUCUAUAAACGCAUCAUCAGCUCUAAUGGUUUCCCCAACCAGAGAGAGGUGGAGAGUUGGAAGAGGAAAGCUGUGGAGACCUGCUCCUCCAGUAACCAGCUCCUGGCUGCAGAUCCACUGAUAGGCCACAUGGAGAUGGUAACAGAGAUUGUGGUUCCCACCGUGUGCACGCUCUGCAUCCUCCUCAGUGCAGUCUUCCUCAUGUUCCUGCUGCGUGGACGCCUCUGA